AUGGCCAACAAGUACACUAUCAUCAUCAACAACAAGACUGGCAGCAGCCAGAACUAUAACCUCUUCAGCGAGAAACCUGAGAUUACUGGUGUUGUAAAGUCUAAUAUCUGGACUAACAUCUACCAGACGGCUCAGGGUACUCCUGAUGGUGCCAGUGCUGAGUUUGAGAUGUGGAAGAGCUACUAUGCCAUUGUCAGUACCUGGAAGGGCGGUGAGAAGACUGGUGCCAAGGUCUCUAUCACUCAGACCAAGCCUGUCACCCUCGGCUCCAAGGCCGCCGAUGACACCGAUAUCCCAGGCACUACCCUUAACAUGAUUGCUGGGGCUGGUGCUCCCUCUUUCGACAAGGCUCCUGCUUCGUCUACUGCCUGGAAUAACUCCUAUGAAGUUGACACUGGCAACGACUUCACUCUAGAGGACGCCACCGACCGAAACUUUUUCGUUGGUCUCGCCAGCUCCCCUGAUGGAGCUGGCAGUGUUCCUACUGCUACUCUCAGGCCUGAGCCUGGAAACCAGUACCAGAUCCAGCCUGUUAACACCUACUACAUCGCCUACGGUGCUACCUUCCAGGUUGCACAGCUCCUUGAUGUUGCUAAGCUCGGAAAGAAGCCUCUUCAGAUUGACUUUACUGUCCGUGGCCCUACUGUCACUGUCAACCACAACCCAGAUGGUCAGCUUGUUAUUGCCAAGUGA